AUGGCAGCGUCCGCGAGAGAUCUACUUUGUCUCCACGACGAUAUCACGGAAUACCAAGCAGCGGACCCAGAAGUCAACGACAGAUGGGAAUAUCUCUAUAAUGGUAAUCUUCUUUCCCUGAUUCAGCAGCCAGCUUUCGGCGUCUCGGUCAUCACCCAGGACUCGGCCUGCCGGCCCCCCAACGCGACCACUCCCCUGCCACAGCACCGGCCUCGCUACGUCGUGCAGCUGGACGUCUUCCAUCAGCUGCACUGCCUGAACCGUCCGCAAAAGCUGCUUUACCCGAAGGUCUACCGUAGCGACGUCACGUCAGACUCCGACGAGGCCGCGGACACGCUAUAUCACCUGGAACAGUGCGUCGAGUCCCUCCGGCAGUCGCUCCUGUGCGCCUCCGACAAGAGCACCAUCUUUUGGGAAUGGAGCCCCGCCAACGGCAAAGAUGAUGAGCAACACGGCGACGACGCACACCUGCAGGGACUUUGA